AUAGGUGCAGUCAUGUCGACUUGAAUGCACAUAUUUAUAAUACAACGGAGUUUCGGUGUUUCAUAUUUUGUAAUAAUAUAAUAAAUAUAUUGUAGGUAUCGUGUGUUAUAAAGUUCGGAGAUAUAUGACGUGUCUUUUCGUUUUCGGAUUCGUUUGUUUUCAAAAUGGUCAUUCAAUCAUCGCUUAUAACAGCUAUAUAAUUACUAAUUAGGUUUAUUCAAAAUCAGGCAGCAUCAUUAUUUUUCAAACUAAAUAAUUACUCGAAAGUUUAUAUUUAGUCAGAUAAUUCUCCGAAAAGAAACUUUGAAAUAAAUGUACACAUACAUUUUUGCUAUUGUCACGAACCUAUAAAUAUUAAAUAUUGUACCAUAUAGUUGAUAAUAUUAGGAAACAUGAAGUGGCCAAUAUUUUCGAUGAAAUCAAAUAGAAACAAUUUCAAUUAUGGAAUCAAUUCCACUAUAGCACAGAUCGUGGCAUUGACAACGACCUAUCUUUUUAGUAUGAAAGUUGGCAUCGAUAUGAUGACACCGACGAUAAUCAUUGGCGCCGUGACCGACAAACGCAACAACACCGGCUACAAUCCUCUAUCCGACAUGUCGGAAGAACAGAUUUCUUGGAUAGGUAGUCUCAUCUACCUAUUCCCGCCGGUGGGCAGCGUGGUCGUAUCCUUCGUACAGGACCGUUUCGGUCACCGAGCGUGCAUGACGGUGGCCAACGUCACGCAUUUGCUGUCCGUGGCCACGUUGAUGUGGUCCGACGGUCCGGCCGGACUGUACGCCAGCUCGGCACUGAUGGGCUUCAACGCGGGCUUCGUGACCAGCUUCUCGCUGUCGUACUGCGGCGAAGUGUGCGAGCCCAAACUCCGCGGCACGCUCACCGCCGUCCUCAACCUGUUCUACUACGCCGGUUACCUGUGCAUCACCAUGCUGUAUGCGGUCACCGCCGACUGGCGACUGUCCGUCCUCUACACCGCGAUCUUGUCGCUCGUCAAUGCCGUGGUCUUGUUUAAGACCCCAGAUUCACCAAUGUGGUUGGUGUCCCGUGGCAGAACGGAUGAGGCGAAAAACACGUUUAACAAACUCCGAGGUGACGCAGGCGAGGAAAAGUGUGCUGUAGAAUUUCGGGACAUGGUUCAUUAUGCGUCCGAAAUUAAUCUGAAAAAUUUACCAACAGAUGGAGAAAAACAGAAAAUGUCUUUUAUUAAAGAUUCGCUGUAUUGCUUCAUUGAACCCGAAACAAUGAAACCUUUGCAACUGCUCAUAAUAAUGAUUUUUUUUACCAACUUGUUGUCCGGUAUACCGUACACACCGUAUCUGAUAUCCGUAUUCGAUACAUUCCAAGUGUCUUUUCAUCCUGCUUGGGCUACGACGAUGUAUACGGCGUUUAGCGUCGCGGGUAACGUGCUGACCAUAUGCUCCAUAAACAAAUUGGGAAAGAGAUUUCUGGCUUUGUGCACAAUGGCCACUUGUUCAAUUUGUUACCUGUCCAUCGGUAUCAUCGGAAAUGUAUUGCCUUCGUCUCCGGUCACGUCGUGGAUAAAAAUUGUGUUGUUUUUCAUGUCGACUUUUUUUUCGUCUAUGGGAAUCAUGCCUAUAGUGUGGAUCCUCAUGUGUGAAAUUUUCCCAAUGAGAAGUAAAAACGUCGGAGCCGGUCUUAGUUCAGCGACAUACUUCAUUUUGAGUUUCCUGAUGACCAAAUUCUAUCUGGAUCUCGAAAUGAUUACGGGUUUCUACAACACUUUUGUUUUGUUCGGGGCGUUAGGUCUAAUUGGUCUGGUGUAUUUGCACUUUCAGCUCCCGGAGACCGAGAACAAGACACUAAAUGAGAUUUCGGAACAUUUUAAGUCCAAAAACACGAAAAUUGAUUGUUUGGUGUUAACGACAACAUAUUUCUUGAACGUCCAACAAGGAAUAGACGUGAUGAUGCCGACGAUAAUCAUUGGGGCAUUAAACCGUAGAGGCGACAACACCGUUCCCGGUAUAACGGACGAGCAGAUAUCAUGGAUCGGAAGUCUGGUAUACCUGUCACCACCCAUUGGGAGCCUGUUCUUGUCGUUGGUCCAGGCACGGCUAGGCCACAGGGUGUGCAUGGCGCUCACAAAUCUCAUCCAGCUGUCGUCGGUGCUGGUCGUGGUCCUUUUCCCGAUCACAGUGAGCUCCUUGUACGCGUGCUCUAUGCUGAUGGGCCUCAGCACGGGUUUUGCCACCGGCCUGAGCAUAUCGUACAGCGGUGAGGUUUGCGAACCUAAGCUCCGGGGCUCGUUGACGUCCGCCCUGAACGUUUUCUACUUCGUCGGAUUCUUUUUUGUCUCCACCACGUACGCCAUUACCGAGAGCUGGAAACGGUCAUUGAUCAUCACAGUCGCCGUGCCCCUGGCUAACAUGGUCACACUGUCAAUGACUCCCGACUCACCGAUGUGGCUGUUGUCCAGAGGGAAAAUUGACAAGGCAAGAAAGGUCUUAAUGAAGCUUCGGGGAUACGUGAGCGAAGAGAAAUGCGCCACAGAAUUUCAGGAAAUGGUUCAAUACGUUUCUCUAUCGGCUAAAUCGGAAGAAGCAAAGCAGAAGUCUCUGGGUAGCUUUUCACAUCCGGGACUUUGGAGCCCACUCAAACUCAUGUUAAUCUACAUAUUCUUCUCAAACAUCAUAUCUGGGGUACCGUAUGCGCCGUAUCUGAUGAAUAUAUUUGCUUCGUUCAACACACAAGUAGAACCUGCGUGGGCAAUGUCCGCCUACCCCGCAUUUAGCAUCAUCGGUAACAUAUUCACAAUCCUGUUGGUUCACCGGCUGGGCAAGAGAUGUCUCGUGCUAUCAACCAUAACCGUCUGUUCGAUUUCGUACAUACUCAUCGGUUUUAUUGGACAGUUUUAUGCCGACACCGAGUACACGUCCUGGGCGAAAUUGGCACUAUUUUUCGGCUCAACGUUAUCCUCGUCAUUAGGAAUUAUGCCGAUCGGAUGGAUCCUCAUUAGCGAAGUGUUCCCGAUGAAAAGUAAAAACCUGGGUUGCAGUAUUUGUUCCGCGGUGUAUUUCUUCCUCAGCUUUUUCAUGACCAAGUUCUACAUGGACCUUGAGAAGUUCAUCGGCUUCUACAACACGUUCGUUUUGUUUGGCUGCGUAGGGACCGUCGGGCUCGUGUACUUCUACUUUUGUCUACCAGAAACUGAAAAUAAAACGCUAAAGGAGAUCGCCGAACACUUUAAACAUGAAUCUGUGUAGCUUAUGAAAAUAUUUUUGUACCCACCUACAAACCAUCCGCUGCAGCUGAUGCAUCAUAAUAUAAUAUAUUAUAUUGUUAUUCCUAUUCGAGCGCAUCAUCAGCAUCCGCAUUGGGCACGUAAUAAUAAUAUAAUUGAAUAUAAUAUAAUAAUUAUACAGACACAUUAAAAUAUUUCAAACGAUAUUAUAUUACAUAUAAUAUUACUCCGUCGCAUUGAUAAUAUUUGUCGAACUUACUUCAGACUGUGGGCGGAAUGUACGAAACCGUCGAAAAUAUGUAUACAUUUAGGUACGCACAUAUCACGAUUAAUGAUAAUAUACUCGAAAUAUUAUAAUACUUAAAUUAGUGAUCGAACAAAAAAAAAGACAUUCGAAAUAAUUAUUAUAUUUUGUU